ACGUUCGCGAUACUACAGGGUAGGCGGAGCUUGCGGUCGUUUGUGAGCAGCGCGGCAUCUGUGAGGUAAACAGCAGUCAUCCUUACUUGGUUUGGGUGCUGCGACCAUGAGCGGCUCGGGUGGGGUCGAGAGGACGCCUCUCCCCCAGACCCAUAGUCUCACUACGCUCGACCGUCCCGCCGGAGACACGGAUCCACAUAAGUGCCAGAAGCGACUCGAGGAAGCUGAGGCGUCACAGGUGAUGGCGGAGGCGGGUGAGGAAAGCCGGGAGGCGGUUUCGCUCCCAGUGGGAGCGCGCCACUACCCCGCGGACGGCGGCCGUGCGCCCCAGGUCCGAAGCGGUGGAGAUCGAGGUCAUGUAGCGACCACAGCGGGCCAGGAGGAGGCCCUGUCUCUCACCGCGGGCGAGGGAGCCGUGUCUGUGUCCGUGGCAACGGACAGCAGCCUGAGAAAUGGAUGUCAGUGUGGAGAGCCAGGCGGCCUGGGUCGCGGGCAGACCCUAGAAAUCCGUGGCGCGGAGAGGUCGGCGUGUGAGGUGUUGGCUGAGGCCGAGGCCGAAGCCGAGGAAAUGAAGACUGGGAAGUGUACCGUCUUCUCAGUAGCAGUGGGUGAGGAGGUGGUUGAGAAGGAAAGAGUGAAGGAAGAGAAGGCUGUGGAACAGAAGAUGGAGGUAGAGGAGAAGCCAGUAGGUGAAGAAGUAGAAAUGGAGGAAAACAAGCUUGUGGAGGAGGUGGAGGAGGAGGCAGGGCCCCAGCUCCUGAAUAUGGAUCUCCGCAUGAACCCUUUGGAGGCCAUCCAAAUGGAACUGGACACUGUGAAUGCGCAGGCCGACAGGGCCUUUCAGCAACUGGAGCAUAAGUUUGGAAGGAUGCGUCGACAUUACCUGGAACGGAGAAAUUACAUCAUUCAGAAUAUCCCGGGCUUCUGGGUCACUGCCUUUCGGAACCAUCCUCAGUUGUCCCCCAUGAUUAGGGGCCAAGAUGCAGAGAUGUUAAGAUACAUAACCAAUUUGGAGGUGAAGGAACUCAGACACCCUAGAACUGGCUGCAAGUUCAAGUUCUUCUUUCGAAGAAACCCCUACUUCAGAAACAAGCUGAUAGUCAAGGAAUAUGAAGUCAGAGCCUCUGGCAGAGUGGUCUCUCUCUCCACUCCAAUCAUAUGGCGUCCAGGCCAUGAACCACAGUCUUUCAUUCGCAGGAACCAAGGUGUCGUCUGCAAUUUCUUCACCUGGUUUUCGGAUCACAGUCUUCCAGAGUCAGACAAGAUUGCAGAGAUUAUUAAAGAGGACCUGUGGCCAAAUCCACUGCAAUACUACCUGCUGCGUGAAGGAGUCCGUAGGCCCAGACAUCGCCCAAUAAGGGAGCCAGUGGAGAUCCCCAGGCCCUUUGGGUUCCAGUCUGGUUAAACUCUUCCCUUGUGAAGGCUCCUGCACAAGGUCUUCCACCACCUCUUGCUUGACCUGUGCUUGGGGCAACAGAAAUGGGUAUGCCUUUUUUUUCCCCUGACAUUUCUGCAACUUUUAAUUUCUGGACAUUCAGUUCUGGCAACCUCAAGAAUGACAUUUUGUGGCCAUGUUCUUCAUUUCCACAUGGCCUUCAUACUGUUCUGCAUUCCUACCACAUGUUGCAUGACCAUGCAUCACAGCACUCCUAAGCAAAGCAAAGCAAUGCUGUAAAUUGCACUGCCUUUAUCUGCACUGCUUGAACCCUGUUUGUUCCCAUGCCUUUGAUCUGGCUCUGUCUAGGACUGUGUUCCACCCACUUUGUUUUGCAGUAUAGGCAUGUAACCUGUGGACAAUUGGAGGGAAGAAAGGAGAUUUGAAAGAGCAGCAGUAGGCCACUUGGCCUGUGUGACUUAUGUGACUCCAUUGCUCUUAUAUCUCUGGUCACCUAUUGCUGCCUGCUACUGGCUAUGCUCACCUUGGCUGCUACCUACUAGAUGAACAUCUUCUAGAUCAUUGUCAGCCCCACACUUUGGUUUCUGGUAAAUAAGAAUCUCCAGAACUGUUGGUGGACCCAGGUUUCUUGCCAGCAUACAAAAGUCCCUUCAUUACUCUCCCCAAAAGACCUCUUCCUGAUUUCUUACCCCCCUCUUCUCUCCACCCCAUCAUCCGGGAACCCUACUAAUUGACAGGCAAGUGGUUGAGAUGACAAGUUGGACCUUGUCCAGGUACCCCCUUUAUGCCUGCUCUCCUCAUUCUGAACAUGAUGAAGUGCCAGGUGGCAGUCACUUUCUGUCUCCUGUCUCUUAAAAGUGAUAGCUCAGAAACAUCUACAAAAGUAGGCCUUUUAGUUUAAUUUGGCUCUCUCUGUUAUUUCCAGGGUAAGUUUGUUCCAGAAAAUAGGCUGCCAGAGCUGUUAUUUCCCUUUGCUUUCUCUACCCUCCACUUCCUGUAGCAACAUCUAGAGGGCUUAAAGGGACACAGAUCUAGAUGAAAUGCGAAGUGAUAAUCUAGUUCAUAUGAUUGGGAGAACUAAAGAGAUUGUGAUGGGUGACCAAAGUGGGGAAAACCCCACGAAAGACCACACACAAAAUUUGGCCAGGUAAAAAUUGGGCUUAAAAUUAAGACUGGCUGACUGAGAGCCUCUAGGGAAGAGGUUCUUUGUCAGUAGUGAUGGAAGGAGAAAUACUUUUUCUCUGGGUUUCCGUGGGAGAAUUGAAGAGGGCGUUAAAAUAUGUUCAUUGCCUAGAAAGAGUUCUUUAAAGAAAUACAAACACAGCAACUUUGGGUGCUUUCUCCUUUUCAUUUGACUUUUAAUUUAUGUGGAAGAUUAAUACAGUGUCCUUUAUUUCACUAGCCUUUAGUAAAAUACUGUUUCUGUACUGCUUACUGGGAAAAUUGAGCUAUACAGGCUUGCUUUUGCUUUCAGUUGGGAACAUUUGGAAAAGUUUUCUUUAUAAUAUAGAGAUUUAAAUGAAUAUUAGUAAGGGUUUUCACUUGUUUCUGUGAAAACUGUAUCCUUAGAAAUAUAGUUUGAAUAACUUCGUCUUGUCAGAUUCUGAAGACGGGGAAUUGUUGUUCUUCAUGGAAAAAUAGCCUACAAGAAAUGUGUGGCUUUAUUGUCUUACUUGAUAAUUUGCCCUGGUAACAACUUAGUAGAUGUGUCUCUUUUCCUAAAUAGCAUAAAUACUUGUGAAGUUGUUCUAUCAAUUUGAAGUGUACCAUUGAUGUAUUUUUCUUUUCUUAUAUGCAUCAUAGUAAAAUAAAAGCAUGUUACUCUGCUA